CGGAAUCCAGAGACUGAAUGGAGAGCCCGCAUUCCUAACAGUACGCUCUCCGUGAGAAGAGUUUUGUCUGCGGAAACGGGAGCAAAUCUGGAGGAGCUCGUUGGAUUAAUUAAAACUAAACGGAUUAGCAACGCGGGAAUUGUUGAAGUCUCGAACAACUGACAACAAAGGGCAACAAUACAACAAACCACAUAGCUCCAGACUGAGUGGAGCCAGCAGCAACUUGUGCGAGAGAGACGUUUCACAGCCUCAACACGACCACCUUGUCUCCUGGAUCUGGAGGACACGGCGUGAGGAGAGAAGAGUCAGCAGAACCGAAGCAUAAUUUACAAGUAGAGAAGUUGGGACUGUGGAUUAAAUAUUCACAAGAACGACCAUAUGUAUGGAUUGUGAACUUUCUGUAAUGAAGCGUGGGAGAUCAGAACACUAACGCUACAGUGUGUGGGAAGGCAGCCUCCAGCGGAGCUGGGAGUGUUUGAGCAAUGUUGGCUUCCUUUUAAAACGUGUGUCAGACAUUUGCUGGUGAGACCUGCUGCUGCAUUCUGAUCUCAGCUCCCUCCAUUUGCACCCCCUCCUCUUCCCAUCAUCUGUGGUGACCCUUCUCCGGACAGCUUGCUGGAGGGCCCUUCCUGACCAGGAGCAGCUGCGUCCUGCUUGCUGACUCCCAUUCCUCCCUUGCUUCCUGUCCUUGGUCAGACAAGGCCUCCUCUCCUCUCACCCCACCCAUCAUCUUUACUGGCCUCCCGUUCUCUGGGACAUUUGUAUUCACACCCUCAAGCUGCUUGAUUUGUUGAUCACACUUGCAGCUUCUUUUAGAGUACGUUUGUUGUUUGGAGAUCAUCAGCAGGGGAUUUUUUAAACACUUUGGACAAACCUGGACUGACCAAGAAUCCUCCGUUUCAACUAUUUCACAGCUGGCAGCAUGACCUCUAUGUCAAGUCUGUUCUCUUUUACCAGUCCAGCAGUCAAACGGCUGCUCGGCUGGAAGCAAGGAGACGAGGAGGAGAAAUGGGCAGAAAAGGCAGUGGAUGCGCUUGUGAAGAAGCUAAAGAAGAAGAAGGGCGCCAUGGAGGACCUGGAGAAAGCCUUGAGCUGUCCUGGACAGCCCAGCAAAUGUGUUACCAUUCCAAGAUCCCUGGACGGUCGCCUCCAGGUUUCACACAGGAAAGGUCUCCCUCAUGUUAUCUACUGUCGAGUGUGGCGCUGGCCGGACCUGCAGUCCCACCAUGAGCUCAAGCCUCUUGAGGUGUGCGAGUACCCGUUUGGCUCCAAACAAAAGGAGGUCUGCAUCAACCCAUAUCACUACAAGCGAGUGGAGAGCCCUGUGCUGCCACCUGUCCUGGUACCAAGGCACAGUGAAUUCAACCCACAACACAGCUUGCUUGUACAGUUCCGCAACCUCACCCAUAACGAGCCACACAUGCCCCUGAACGCCACUUUUCCAGACUACUUCCCGCAGCCGCACAGUGGCGGCAAUAACAGCAAUGGAGGCGGCGGAGGAGGAGGUGGCGGCGGCGGCGGUGGCUCUUUUCCCAUUUCUCCCAAUUCUCCUUAUCCUUCUUCUCCAGCCAGCAGCGGUACCUAUCCAAACUCUCCUGCCAGCUCAGGGCCCUCCAGUCCAUUCCAACUCCCAGCUGACACCCCGCCCCCAGCCUACAUGCCCCCAGAGGAGCAGUUGGGCCAGGAGAGCCAGUCCAUGGAAACGAGCAACAGCAGCAUACCUAGAGACGUGCAACCAGUGGAGUACGAGGAGCCGAGCCACUGGUGCUCUAUCGUCUACUAUGAACUUAACAAUCGUGUUGGAGAGGCCUACCACGCCUCGUCAACCAGCGUGCUUGUGGAUGGCUUCACUGAUCCGUCCAACAACAAGAACCGUUUCUGCCUCGGACUGCUGUCCAACGUCAACCGCAAUUCCACAAUUGAGAACACCCGCAGGCACAUCGGCAAAGGAGUGCACCUUUACUAUGUGGGAGGAGAGGUGUAUGCAGAGUGCCUCAGCGACACCAGCAUUUUUGUCCAGAGUCGUAACUGUAAUUACCACCAUGGCUUCCAUCCCACCACUGUGUGCAAGAUCCCAAGUGGAUGUAGCCUGAAGAUUUUUAACAACCAGGAAUUUGCUCAGCUUCUGGCCCAGUCAGUGAAUCAUGGUUUCGAGGCCGUGUAUGAGCUCACAAAGAUGUGUACUAUCAGGAUGAGCUUUGUCAAGGGCUGGGGAGCAGAAUACCACCGACAGGAUGUCACCAGCACCCCCUGCUGGAUCGAGGUGCAUCUGCAUGGGCCUCUGCAAUGGCUGGAUAAAGUGCUGACACAGAUGGGUUCACCUCUCAACCCCAUCUCCUCUGUGUCCUAAUAACAGACUUCUGGGAGAUUAGAAGGCCUUUUACCUUUCUGUUUUCUUUUAUAUUGUUUCUUGUUUUUUUACCCACCCCCUCCUUUUUGCAUUAUUUGUAAUUUAAAGCUGUCUUAAUGGCUGAACUGUUUACACUUACCUUGGGAAGGGAUCUAAAACUCUGGCAGGAAAUGUAUCAACAGUCUCAGCCAGAAUCCACUUCAUUUAUAUAUAAAAAAAACAAGCUAAUGUUGAAAGAAAACAGCUGGAGAAAGAGUGGAAUGAGGGAACUCGUGUUACAUCAACAACAUGGACACACUACUGCUCCACAAUGCUGCAAUAUUGAAGAAUUUAGGCCUGAAUCUCUCAAAGGAUAAUUACACUUUGGUUACAUUGGGUUUUUUUUGUUGGUUUUUUUGAAAAAUGAUUUUUAUUUCUUUAUUUGUAGUUUAUAAUUAAGCAGAAUUGUUUCACUACUCUGCUUUGUCUGCCGGAGAAUUUGAAAUUUAUGAAACACUUUUCUUACAUUGUUGUCUCUAUGUCAGUUAUAUCAGUUAAGAUAUAGACACAAUUAUGUUUACCAUUAAAUUCUGAUAUAACAAAUGCUUUUUUAUAGUCUCUACUGCUAGAAAUGAACACUGAGCUACUGCUUCUAAGAAAGGUCUGUAUGCCAAUGUGAUAGUUGUUUUUUUCUUUUUAUAUGGGAGAUCACUGAACAAGUUUAACAUGCCAUAAGCUAACAUUGUUACAUCUGUUGCCAUAGAGGUAGGUAUUGUGAAACCACAAACUGAGCACCAUCAUUAUCGAGGCUUGUUUGUACUCUCAAGUUUAAGUAAAAGUGGCUGUAUUUUCCAGACUCACUGUAUUAAUAUUGUGCACUCAUAGAUUUUGUGGAGGCAUAUUAAAUUUUGGCUUGGGUACCAAGGCAUUAUGUUAAUUUACUUUAUUGGCUCAUUGAAAUAAAAAUGAUAUUUGUUAA